AUGACCUUACUGGAACAAGUCAUGAUAGUACUAGUCUUUCCCAACAAAUUUCUCCAAUGGAUUUUGGCUUGUAUCAAAACUGUCAACUACACUGUUUUAACAAAUGGGACACCCUGUGAACCCUUUAAUGUUGCUAAAGGUCUUCGGCAAAGUGAUCCCAUUUCCCCUUUCCUAUUUGCCAUAUCCAUGGAAUACCUUAGUAGAUGUCUCCUUGAGCUAAAACAUGUCAAAGAGUUUAAAUUUCACCCUAGAUGUGCAAAACUAAACAUCACUCGCCUGAGCUUUUCAAAUGAUCUCCUUCUUUUCAGUAGAGGUGAUUCUACUUCCAUCCCUGCCCUUCAUAAAUGUUUCCUCACUUUCACUGAAGCAUCAGGUUUACAGCCAAAUCUAACCAAAAGUUCUUUCUACUUUGGUGGAGUUUCUCAAAGUCAUAAAGAUCUUAUUCUUCUCCAGCUUGGGUAUGGGCAGGGAGAUCUACCCUUCAAGUACUUAGGCAUUCCCCUAUCCACCAAGAAACUCUCUAUUAUACAGUGGCAACCUCUGAUCAAUAAAAUCACCAAUAGGAUUGAUUCUUGGACAGCCAAAAAAUUGUCCUAUGCUGGGAGAAUUCAACUUGUUCAAUCAGUGAUCUUUGGGAUACAAGCUUAUUGGGCCCAACUUUUCCCCAUCCAUGUUCAUGUACUUAAAGUUAUAGAUGCCUAUUAUAGAAGCUACAUAUGGUUUGGCACAAAUACUAUCACUAAAAGAGCUCUAGUUGCCUGGGACAAAUGUUGCUUACCUAAAUCAAUGGGGGGCAUGAAUUUGAUCAAUCUUCAGCUAUGGAAUAGAGCUGUUUUAGCAAAGACAUGCAGGGACUUGGAUCACAAACAGGAUAAACUUUGGAUCAAGUGCAUACAUGCAUACUACAUCAAAGGGGGGCAGAUUCAUGACAUGGUAAUACAUAAACAGGCUUCUUAG